AUGUCAGAAAAGUCGAAACCCUCUUUAAGCGCUUUGCCAAAAUCCAAGGUACCGGCUACUACUAUCAGACUCAAAUCGCCCUUUCGCACCGCAAAGCGGAAACGCAACGACGGCGAAGACCAUGAUCUUGAGGCUGUUGUCGACAGUUCAGCGAAGCAAAAAAAGUCCAAGAAAUCCAAAAAGACUAAAGCGGAUGAGGAUCAUAAUCUUGAUCUAGACCAAGGUCUUAACCUAGCCAUCGCGAAGUUGGACAAUCGAUUAUUAGCGGACUACGUCGCCAAACGAACCAAGCGCUUUUUCCCAGAUCUCAGCCUUGUGGAGCUCGAGGACAGAUACAUCUCAGAGACAGCCUUCCAUGAUACCACAUCAUGGGAGAAGCCAAGAACUUUGCAGGACAUGCCAAGCUUCCUUGAGCACUACAAUCCGAGAGCAGCAGGAAAUAUGGCUCUCUCUUCGGCAUCAAAAAAACUGGGAAGCCCACAUACUCUUGUGAUCACAUCUUCUGGUCUACGUGCUGCGAAUAUCACUAGAGCCUUACGCCUCUUUCAGACAAAAGACGCUGUGGUGGCAAAACUCUUUGCCAAACAUAUCAAGCUGAAAGAGGCAGUAGAUUAUGUCAGGAAAACAAGGAUGGGAAUUGGGGUUGGUACUCCUUCUCGAAUCAUCGACCUUUUCGACUCAGUAUGCGUGUCGAAAUGUUGGGAAAAUUCCAAAUACGUCAGCACCUGUGUCCAAGCCAAUGAGACCCAAUGCUUGUGCGAGGACGCUGAGUUUCAGAGCGUGGUGCUUCAAUGUCUCUACUCUCAAUGCCAGACUACUCAAUUCGGCUCCGCCCUUCACCAUACCCUCUCGGUAUGCACUGAUUCUGGGAUGGAUAACCUCGAUGCCUUGCCUCCUCUCCUCCGUCACCAAGGUCUACGCAAGCGCGGAAGCCCAAGCAUUGGCUAUGCAUCAGGUCAUCUCUCAGCAUCAGCCAUCCACUCUGUGGCUCGUCGCUCUGUCGAUGCUUCGGCACAUGUCAAUGCUCGUCCGACACGCAGCGUCAGCCACCUUCCCACCCACACGCAUGACUUGCCGAUGUCACUGCCAGUGGCUACUUCUACACCUUUAAGCGCUGCCAACAUGAAUAGCACCAGCGUGUUAGCCCCCUCAACAAAGGCUUCCUAG